GUUUGGGUCAGAAACAGGUCACAAAACCUAUGUAGAAGAGCCUUUGAAGAAUGUCUGCUGUGAGCCUGAACCAGCCCCGGGUAUCCAGCGUUCGCAAAGCAAAGGCUGGGAGAGGUGAGCAACAUGCCCUUAGACGGUGUGCCUUUCUCCACGGCGUUCCCUCAGCUGACUCAGCAGGAGUGGAUGGAGUUUGCAGACUUGCUCUUCUGAGGGUUCCUCCUGGCCGGCACUCUGUAUUGCUUUAGUUGAGUUGACUUCUGGACCAAGCCAGCUGUGUUCCCCUUAACGUCUGCGACAAGCCACUUAAUGGAGGAGCGCGGUGCCAGGCAAUUAGCCUUUGAAAGACUCAGCCUUAGACCGGGCAAGGAUUAUGACGACAACAGACGCGGUGAGUUAGGUACUGAGCAGAAAAAAAAAAAAUGAUGCCUUCAGUUAUUGCAGUGCAUACAACAGACUUUCCCGUACUGAGGUCCAGACAGUACUCGUGACCUUCUUCUCCAACAAGAGUGACCGCAAUUCCCUGGAGUGAAGAUCCUCCUAAUUCACCCGCAGAGUCGCCUUUAGCCUCCUCGUCGACCUUUGCCAUCAAUUGAUGAAGGGCCAUGUGUUUUCGCAGUGCUGUAUUAGGAAAAAGAAAUGACAGAAAGGGCCUGACAUCAAAUCAUGUACUUAAGAUUCUGCAGCUCUGGGUGGCAGCCACAUGUCAGGGGGAAGGAGAAUUGUUUCCAGUCUGGGGAAGCUCCCAGUUUCUGACCCGGGCUGACAGCGGGCUCCGGCCGCCCCCGAGGACCGAGGACGAGGAACCCCGGCCUUAGCCCCGCCCCCUCGGCCGGCCCGCGGGGCUGCGCUGCCCGCCUGCCCCCCGCUCCCCGCCCGGAGUGCGGCCGGCGCGCGCCUGUGGGUCCGUGUGUCUGCGUGCGUGUGUCCCUGGGUGGGAGAUGAAUUGGAGUCAUACGACUGGGAGUUGCCUUCCGAGUGGUUUUGAUCAGCAAUCCAUUAGGGGAUCAUGGAAACUCUUUUUUCUUUUCUGGCUAAAAGGAUGAAAACUGAGUAAGUACAUAGAACUUUGAACUUGAAACGGAAUGAAACAAAUGCAAGCAAAACCCUGCGGAUGGUAACCAGGUCCAUUCAGAGCAUGUUUUCCCUUUUCUGUUAAAAGCCGUGAAGGUUUACAGGAAAGUGGCAAUUUAAACCGGGAUGAAGGGAAGCAGUUAAGAAACAUGAAAGGCUGAAAAGCAGGACUGCUUUAAAACGAGAGGAAAAAUGAGGAACUUAUGUUAAGGCCAGCUGGCCUGCGCCCAGCUGUGCAGCAGCGCUUUGGUUUAAACCUACUGCGUUCUCCAGUGCUGUUUUUAGGCUUCAGAUUUACUUUGGUGCUGUUUCUCUUUUCCUGUGAAGCCUUUACUGUGAGUUUAAGGAUGUUGCGAAAAUAAGGCACCGCCGGAAGCCACAGUUUGGCAGCCUGGGCUACGCUUAGGUUAUUAGUUACAACUAUUAUUAUUUUGAUGUCUUUUUUUAACCCAGGCCAGUCACUUUUCGCUGUCAGCCAUGGAAGGGCUCUUAUAAACCGCCUCAGACUUUUGGGACCUACGCUUCUUUGGCAUGACACUUCGGAAAGUUCUGAACUGGGGAUGGAGCUAUCUUGAUUUAAGUUGUGGAAAAAGAAGACAGAUUUGUUAUUUUUCAUGCUGACAAAAAAUAGCUGCUAUGACUUUUCCGGCAUCGUGGACGGCGGCCAAGUGAAGCUGGACUGGUCAUGGUCUGUCGUCCAGUGUUCCUUUGUCGUCGGCGAUUCUGCCCCCGGCCCUUCUUGGUGGGCUUGGUGGUGGCAAUCUGUCUCUUCUACCAGACCCUGACACUCCGGGGGACGAGGAAGCUCACAGCAGCUGUCCCCGGGGCUGCCCCAAACACACCCACCGAAAUCCCAGCCAGCAGAUGCAAGAAAGGAUUCUCCCAGGACAAGCAGUGCUUGCUUCUCUCCGGUGAUGCCCAGGAAAUCGGAAAGAUCGAAGAAUCAGUUGAGACCCACUUUGGCAGCCGUGGCAGAAGGGCCUUACUCUACGGGCCUCCUUCCUACAGCAAGAAGGAACUUCAGCUCCACCAGCGCAUUCUCACUCAGCAUCGCUAUCAGGUUGUCAUCGCUGAAGGAAGGCUCGGUGCUGACCUUGGGCUGGAGCUCCUGGGAAAAGGUGAUUCAGGCUCUUGGGAUCUGCUCAUUUGCCUGUCUUCCAGGAAAGCUGGUGGAAAACCGUGCAUAUCCAAGGAAGACAUGUGCCAUUUAGGUCUACAUCAAAAGGUAAACAUAUUACCAGAAAUACAGCAUCAUCUUUGCAGAAAGGAAGGAUUAUGUCAAAUAAUUAGAAGAUUUCCAGAAUUGCGACUUCUGGUGAGCCCCUCUGUGUGUCUGAAUCAGAGCAUACAAUUAAAGCUGAGUACUUCAAGUCACCUUUUAAAAACAGCGAAGACACAUAUGUGGAAACCAGAGGACUGGAGACGUGAACAGCUGAACCAAACAACAGUCCUUGCUCCACAAGAAACAGUCUUGAGAGCCAAGGAUCUGUCUGUGAUUCUUAAAGCGUAUGUGUUGGUGACAUCCUUAACUCCUCUGCGUGCAUUCAUUCAUUCAACUGGCACAGUUUGGAACCCACCGAAGAAAAAACGCUUCACUGUCAAGCUGCAAACAUUUUUUGAGACGUUCCUGAGAGCCAGUUCACCUCUUCAGGCUUUUGAUCACAUGAAGGAAGCCAUUAGCAAACUCCUGCUGGCAGCUGAAGUGUUCAGUGAAACAGCUGCUCUGGGACCAAAGGCCUUCGAUAGAUGCAGAUUAUGUUUUCAACUUUUAACUUUUGACAUUGGUUACGGCAGUUUCAGGUCCCCUGUCGUGCUCCAGGUGAGUAUGCCAAGGUCCUCGUGUGAGCUCCUCCCCUGCCCUGCCGCUUUGCCGCAGGGUGUGUGUGUUUGUGUGUUGUUACUGUUUUCAUUUAUACUCCUGUCUAAUGAAUCUUCACUUUCCAUAUUUUCUGAGAUAUUUCAGAGACUUUAUAGAUCAGGUGUAGUUAAGGGUGAAAACUAUCAAAAAGAACUAAAUCAAUGCCUGUCUGUAGAGGAGAUUAACUCAAUUAUGACUUUUACAAAGGAACUUGAGAGUUUGGGACAAUUCCAACUGCUCUUCCCGUCUGCUGCUCCCGGGUUUCAAUCUUUGAUGCAUGAAUUUUACAAUAUGGCAAAUCCUAUGGGAAAACCUGGUUCCAUCCUGACCCACUACUGGUCUCUUUUAAAUGUAUUUGAACAAUUUCAGCUCCUGAAUGAAAAGGCACCGCUACAUUCGCUGGAAUGGAACUCCUUCGCAGACGAUGAGAACCUUAAAAAACCACAAGUGCCAUUUGAUGCAGUUGAAAAGAAAAAAGCUGCGGUUCCACAAAUUAUGAAUGCAACCAAAGAAAUACAUUGCAGUAAUGAUAAAGAUACACAAUGUCAUAUCAAGGAGAUCUUCACACAUCCGCGUUUGGAACUAAAUCCUGAAUUUAACCCUAAGAUCAAAAAUUAUUACUCUGAAGUCCCAUUUGAUGUGGUAACACUGACAAUUGGAGUGGAGACUUCUAAGUGUCAGUGCAAGGUGUACCUGCAUGAACGGGCAGGACUGAGCUUUGCCAACUACCCUCUGGGCUUAGGAAUGAACAAAAUCUCAGUGCUUGUGGUGGAUGAAUCUCCAGCCCAGGGUGAGAUCCUGAUCACGUACAAACUCACCAUCUAUAGAGAAGACCGUCCAAGUCUGCCCUUGUUUGAGGACUUCGUGGCAUGCGGUUUUGUGCAGGAUUGUGGUUUGCUGAUUCAACCAGAGGAAGCCUGUGGGUUACAGCCUAUUUCCUCUGACUACAUUGAAGCCAUUUCACAGCCCGAGCUGAAGACUUGUCCAUCUGGGGACACAAAAGGCCAGUGGAUCGUGCCUUGCCUUAGCUGUUCAGACAACAGGACCUGUGACUGGAGAGAAAUAACAUGGCAGCCCCACAACUGCCAAUAUGGUGUCUUAACUAAGCCUCAGCUCCAGCAGUGCCUGGGAGGGAGGAAGAUUCUUUUCAUUGGAGAUUCAACCAACAGAGGGAUAAUGUACUAUCUGAUCGAAAGAUUGAAUGAAACGUUGCAGGAAUGGCAGAAGGUGCAUGGCACUAAAUUCUAUCACAACGUCAAUGGUGGGAAGACUUUGAUCAGUUACUCCUACUAUCCCCAGUUCUGGAUAAGCCCUUCAUUGAGACCGACAUUUGAAAAAGCACUUGAACAUCUCUUGCAAAGAUCACGUCCCCUGGAGAAUACCAGCCAGACUGUGUUGGUCGUUGGUGGUGUUCAGUGGCUUAAUUCCAAUCACCUGCAAAUUAUUCAUAAGGUUUUGAAGAGGGAAGAUUUACUCAAUAUCCUUGUGAUCAUCAAAACUUUGGGAAUUGGAUUUCAUCUGCCAGUGGAUGGAGUGCAUUUCUUAACACAGAGUGAAGUUCAGAAUUUAUGGAAAGAAAAUUUGGUUAUUCUGGAUGCUGCAAAAAAAUAUGGCUAUGAAGUGGUUGACACGUUCACCAUAACGAUGGGGCGACACAAGGAGUUUCUGCAGGGGGCAUGUGGAUGUCAUUUCCAUGAGGUAGUGAAAUCAAAGUUAUCCAAAGAAUAUCACUUCAUUAAAAUGAAACGAUCAAGAAAUCAUGUUGUGGGAAGAUACUUCAGCAAUCAAAGCAAACUACAGCAAAGACAACAAGAUUCUGUGACAAAUUUUCAAUCACCGUAUCAUGUCAGAGGUCCAGUUAAUCAGGUUUGCUCUGAAAUUCUUCUCAGCAGGAUGUGUGCGAGUGAAAGAACCGUGUAGACUCUGAAGGACUGAAUCUGGAAUUGGAGAUAAGCCACGCAUCUGGAUGAUGGUCUAGGAACCAAAUCCUGUACAUCACGUGGGUUUUGGUUCCACUGCUCACGCUCAGGCACCCCGGCACACACAUGUGCACCAAGGCACACUUAGCUGAAAAAGUAAUAACACUUUUUUUUUCCCUACAGCUUUAUAAAGUCAGGAUGUGCACUUGGAAAUCAGUUGGUUUCAAGAUGAAAGAAAGAGCUAAAAGAAGGUGACUUGAAGUCUAACCAUAAACUAGAACCUCUGAGGGCCGGCUAAUGCAUUGUGAUAACAGAGACAAACAGACAUUUAAAUCAUGUGGGAAAAUAAGAUAAUGCUCUUGAGUAUGUGUUAUCAUCUUUAUCGGUACCUUAAUAUAUGGAAAAGGGGGAAAAGAGUAAUUACAUUCCACCUGCAGGUAGGGAUCUCGGUUAUGCCCUUUGCCAGAAGAAGACACAGCAUUUAUGGCAGUUUAGGCUUUGUGAAUCUAAUGUUUAUGACAACUGUUUCUUCCUGUCCUUUUAAAAUCCUGUAACUGAAAGGGAAAGGACAGGAAUGCUCCUCCAGGGGAUUCUAAGAUUCUACGAGAGAGAUAGGAAAUGUAAUAUUUUAUAUUUAAAACACCAAUAUAUUUAAAACUUUGCACUCUGUACUUUUCAUAAACAUUCCCUCCUAGCCUGUCUGUGAACGUGGAUGGGUAAAUAUAGUCUAAGUUGGUUAGUUAUGUAAUUUUCAAGUGAGAAACAAAAUAGUUCCUUGUGGGUUAUUUUCUUAUGUUUCAUUGAUGAUAAUACUUAAGAAAGCUUUUGUUUGCAGUUAGAGCCCUAUAUAAUUUAAGAUUGCAAUUAUGUUUUAUGUAAAUAUUUUGCAAAGGACUAAGCAUUCUCAAGUGCAUAGGCAUUUAUUUCCAUGAAGCAUUUGUAUAUGUCCACAAUACUACUAUGUUGCUAGUAACUAUAUUUUGAUUUUCCUGAGCAACUGUAAUCCAAAUUUUAGAAUAGACAUAAAAUUAUUUUUUACAAGCCUGUGGUAUACAUAUAAAACAUACCUAAUCUUGGUAUUGAGAACUUUCUCUUCUUUAAGUUCUUUGUUGUACAAUUGCUCUGUUGUGAGAUAACAUAUUACAGUUACAAUGUCUUUUAAAGGAUUAUUUUUCUUUGGGGGGAAAAAAAGCUGAGGGUUAAUUUAAUACUUGAUUGAAAUUACCAAAUGUACAAAUACCUCAAUUUCAUUACCAUACAAAAAAAUAAAACUGUUUUGAUUGAUCAGUUCCUUAGUAUGAACAUCCACCUCCUUUAAAUCUCUAUUUUUAUACAUAUUUUAUAUGAAAGUAAACAUGAAUUUAUAUUUAACUGUCUUAAAUUAUAUCUAAGCACAAGUAUGACUUGAUAUAAACAAUUCGUACCUGAAUCUGACAAUUUUUUUAAAGAAUGGUACAGAAUUAACUUUUAAAAUGAAGGAUUUUUCUAAUAUCUGCAGCUAUAUGCAAGCAUCAUUUUUAGGUUUUCAGUGAUUUUUUUUAAUGAUAUAAAAGUUUUCCAAUUUACGUAGCUUAUCCAUCGUGUUAGAAUAUUACAUACUCCAGAACAGAAUUAUAGUCAGUGGAUGUUGCUUGUAACUUCCUGUCAACCUAACAUAAUGCCCUUCUGACUGAGAGGUUAGCCAGGCAUUUAUCUCUUUGCCAUUGAAAUAAUAGUGGAUUUUAGAAACAACUGUAAUAAUACUGUUAAUAAAUGUCUUCCUGGUAAUA